CCGCUGCAUUCAAAGCUUGAACUUGUUGUUAAAUUCUGUGUGAGAUCUACCUAUGUCGGACAGAGACACUGCAUCACUGCUCAAAUUCACGGAGAAUGUGCUUCAAGAUUAUCGCAGUCUUAUUUCAGAAACAAAGCGGAGAUUUGUUCCUAUUAAAGAAGCAACUGAAUCACAAAUUCCUAAAUUAAGAGCUAUCAUAAACAGUGACACUGAACUCCGUGGAGCCUUACAGGGAUCGUGCAGUUCUCUAAUUUCUCCAUUUUUAAAUGGUUGCCUUUCGAAAAACCAGAAGAUAAUAGUAUUGUGUCUAACGGCACUUCAGCGUUUCAUCAAUCAGAGGUGUUUAUCAGAGGAUGCCUCUGAAGCUAUCGUUAGUACACUUUGGCAGCUUGCGGAGUCGAAUAUAGAGGAAUUACGCCUACUUCAGACGACCAUAUUGCUUCUCACAAGCUCAUCCUUGAUACGUGGACCUCAACUUGCGAAAGCCUUCACCAUUUGUUUGAAGCUUCAUCUUUCGAAGUCACCUUCCACUGUAAACACAGCAGCAGCAGCUGUUCGCCAAUGUGCAAGUGCUAUUUUUGACCGUGUGUUCAAGGAAGAGUUGAUCAUACAACCUACGGAUUCCAGUAAACAAAAAGCUACACCCGGAGUCGACGAUAUUCUUCCUGUUAACCCUCUGGACUUGAAGUCCUCUGAAAGGGAUGCCUAUAUGCUUUUUCAGGAUAUUUGCCUACUAAUAAGUGACGAUACAUGUAUUUGGUUGUGUGGCACAAUACAGAUAAAUAAAGUCCUGGGUCUGGAGCUAGUUGAAUCGCUUAUCUUUUCUUAUCCUAGUUUAUUUUGUCAGCAUCCUGCUUUUGCAUAUUUACUGAAAACGAAUUUAUGCCCACUGGUGAUAAAAUUAUUUUCUCCAAGUUUAAAAUUGCACUUAACUCCAUUGGCUACGUCUGGUGGUGGGGGGAUAACAGAUGUCGCCUCAGCUGCGUUCGCUGCUGCAACGGCUGCAUUAACUAGUGUCAGUGGAGUGACAUCAUCGUUGUCAUCACUAUCAUCACCGUCUGGUGUUUCGAAUGACGUGAUGAAUAGUGAAAAACCGAAUUUCGCAUUGUUUGUUCGUUUGAAACGUUUGGUCAUUGUCAUCGUCAAUCAUUACUUCCAUCUUUUGAAUACAGAAUGUGAAAUCUAUCUCUCGUUGCUUAUACGAUUUUUGGAUGUGAAUAAGUUAUUGUGGCAACGUGCAUUGGCAUUAGAAGUUCUAUUUAAAAUUGUGGAACAACCUGAAUUAGUUAAGCAUAUUUGUAUUUCAUACGAUAUGAGACAGCAUGCAACAAAAAUAUUUCAUGAGCUUUUAAAUGCUUUCGGACAGUACAUACAAACAUCUUUAGCCAAUCCAUGUCCAGGUGAUGAACUAUCUAAAGAUAAUGCUAAUCAAACACCGAAUCAAACGGUUCAUGUUGGAGGUAUCAAUCAAUCCAUGUUAUAUUAUAAAGGGAGUUAUUUUCCAAUCAAUAUACAAUCAAAAGGAAUGCUUCUUGAGAUGCUUGAUCGCAAUGAACCACCAAUUUUACCUGAUGGUUAUUGCCUUUCAUUGGCUUUAGUAUGUCUACGUAAAACAGUGGACUCACUAAAGGUCAUCAUCAAUGCUAAUGUUCCUGAAAUUAUUAAUCAUGGUGAUGAUGACAUUAAUAAUAACAAUGAGGAUAAUACUUCAAAAAAAAAUGAUAUUGUGUUUUGCAAACAAAUUGUAUCUAAUUCAUGGUGCAGUAUAUUAUCCACGCUCAGUUUAUUACUUGAAUCAAGUGCUGAUCAUCACAUAACAUCAGGUCUUCUUCAGUCUUUGCAAAUUAUGAUUGAAUUAAGCGGAAAGUUACAUUUGGAUGAAUCUCGAGAUGCUUUCUCUAUAACUAUGUGUAAAGCUGCACUGCCGUCUUCAUUUGGACGUUCUUUAUUGGCAACACAUUCUAAAAAUUGUUCGGUAAUAUCUCAGUUAUCUCCUAAUUUCAAUGGUGCAAAUAAUCAUGAUGAUAUAUUUGAACGUAGUGGAAUUGCUUUAGUGAUUUCUCAAGGUCCUGGCCAUACUGUUCAUAUUAAUCCACCUACAAAUAUCUCAUCUAUUCUUCAAAACAUAUCAAGUCAGACUACACCUACUGGACAUGUUCAAAGUGGAUCCGGAUCCACUGGAAAUACCGAUUCUUUGUCAUCUGGAAAUAUACUUCUUACUAUUAAACAUUUACAAGCAGCUUCUGCUGUUUUAACAACUGCUCAUGCACACGGUGAUGUUUUAGAUUCAUCAUGGAUUAUAUUUCUAACUACAAUGCAGCAUUUAGUUUGGAUGUUGAACUUGAAAAUUGAACCAUCGGCUAAAUUAUUUUUCAAACCUGUUCAAGAAUCAUGCACAACUCAUACAACAAAGGAAAAUGUUAAUUCAUCAAGUGAUACAAUAAAUGAAAAUGCUGAUACUGGAACUACCAGUACUAAUAUUACUACUGGUGUUGCUACUACUAGUACUACUAUUACUACUAAUAAUAAUCAAGUUCCUACACAAAAUAUCUCUAUGACAACACUUUUCUCAGUGACAUCUGAAUUAACAUCAUUAUCAUCAAUGCUUACACAAAUUUUUAUUCAGUCCAGCGAUUUGAGUGUAGAUGCUCUACACAGUUUUAUCUCAGCACUUUGUCGUCUUUCAUCAGAUGCAUUAGAAGCAGUGAAAAACAAUCGAGAACCAAGUCAGUUUCCUAUUGCUAAACUAACAGAGAUUGGAUUAGUUAACGUGCAUCGAUUGGAUUUAUGGUGGAAAAUUAUAUCAAAUCAACUAUUAACUGUGUGUAAUUGCACUCAUGCCACGCUCCGUCAGCUAUCUUCAAGCUGUUUGACCAGUUUAAUCAGACAAGCAAUUGCUGCUCCACAGAAUCCUCCUUUUUGGCAAAAUGAAGCAUUAAAUAUUCAAGUACUUGAUCCAUUAACGGAUUUAUCUGAUCGCAUUAUAUAUGAUGAUGUACGAGAAGAACAAUUAAAAUGUGUUCAACAAUUAUUACACUGUUGGGGUGAACAAGUACGAUACAGUUGGCUUAGAUUAAUUAAAAUUAUUGGAGUCAUAAGAGAAAGUUACAAAAUAGACUUGAUCCAGACAUCAUUUAAAUGCUUCAAAUUGAUUGUUACAGAUUAUUUAUCCACUUUACCGUCGGAUUGCUACUUAGCAUGUGUUGAAACUGCAGCAAGUUUUGGACACCAAAAACAAGAUUUAAAUAUUGCUUUAUCAGCUAUUGGGUCGUUACUUCAUUUAGCUGAUUUUUUUGUGGAACAAAAAAAUAUUCCACUUGUAGUAUCAGAUUCAAUUAAUUCUUCAAUUGAUUUAAAAGAAUUAUGGAUUUGUGUAUUUCAUAAAUUGGCUGAUUUGUGCUUAGAUCGUAGACCAGCAAUUCGAAAAUCUGCAUGUCAAACAUUAUUUAAUACAAUUGAAUGUCAUAGUGAACAAUUUGAUGAAGAUACAUGGUCUAAUUUGCUAUGGAAAAUAUUGUUCCCUUUGUUAUCGAAGGUGCAUAAUUUAUAUCAAAGUGCACCUGUUGAAAAAGUCGGCGAUAGACCAAAUAGUUUAUUAAUUCAUCAUAGUCGUGAUACUGCAUCAAAACAAUGGGCUGAAACAGUUGUAUUAACUUUAACUGGUGUAUCACAUUGUUUUAUAUCAAAACAAUCUCAUUUGUUAACACUUAGUGAUUUUAUAAAAUGUUGGCAGAUAUUACUUGAUUAUUUGAAAGUGACUGCUUAUAUGGAUAGUGGAGAAAUUUCAUUAGCUUCAUUAAAUUGUAUGCAAAUUUUACUUGAUAUACAACUCCCUUCUUAUCCUACACCAUCCUCAUCUUCAUCUACAACACCAUUGCUAACAUCAAAAUUGAUUUGGUCUGCGUAUUGGGAAACUUGGUUACAAAUUGGAAAACGAGCGAUAGCGUUUGCUCAGUCUAAUAAUAGUAAUAACACUUUUCCACUUACUACAAAUUUAUCUGUAAACUCUUCUGAUUCUCAAUAUAUUAGUGACAACAGUAAUAGAAUUGUAACGGUUAAUGAAAGUGGUGAAAAGAUUUGUUAUCCUCCAUUUAUAUACUUGCCAAGUAUAUCAUUUAUCACAUUAUACUUUGAUUUAUUCAUACCAAUAUUUAAUUAUAUUAAAGAAGAUUUUCAUCUGAAAGAUUUCGAUCGAUUAGCUGAAUUAUUACAAAUUGGUGUAUUAAUUCCAUUGUAUAUUAAUUAUUUAUUUCCAACCGUUUCAACUACAACUAUCAUGACUACACUAUUAUCAACAACACCUUCAAUGAUAAUUGAUGAUGGUGCAUUGAAUUCGUUACAAGAGGCUGUAUUACGUUGUUUAAAUUGUCUUGUACAGAAUUUCGGUUCUGAUCAAAAUAAGGACGAAAAUAGUAAUAAUAAGAAUAAUAGUAACAUAACUAACAGUCGUUCCUCUUCAAUACUUCCACGUGUAUUACAAUUGCUGCUCACUAUAGCUGGUUAUGCUGUUCGAAUUCCUAAACCACAUCAUUCGGACAAUCAUCGACUUGAUGUUGUUCCGCUCAAUUAUAUUGUAUUUGCUGAAAAAUCUUUGUUAAUCGCUGUGGAUUUAUAUCAAACAACUGUUACAUGGCCUGAAAUGUGCAGUGUUGAAAUACUUGACUCCAUAAUCAAAACAUUACAUCAACCAAUGGCAUUGAAAUAUGCUUGUCCAUCACAGACUACCUGGUUACUUGCAUGUCGUUGCUUUUUUCAAGUGAUUACUGCUGGUAUUAUUGUAUUGUCGAACAAACCAAUGAAUAUGUCCAAAACUUAUAAUUUCAAUAAAAAAGACUCUAUUCCCUGUAGCGGUGGUGUGAUAUCUUCAAAUCAUGAUUUAUGUAAACAUAUUGUGGACGCUAUUCAAGAUUUUCUUUUUUGUCAAAAUGAACCACCAUCAUCCUUAUCAACUGAAGAGUUCCAACUACACGAAGAAUUAGAUUGUAAAUUCGUAGAUUUAAUCAGCGAUUUAUUCUUGUCGAAUCCUGCGCAAUUGCCAGAAUUUUUCAUCAGUCGUCUAAUUAAUUUACUCAGCCUGGGUUCUGUACAGUCGGCUAUUCCAGUCAGUACAACAGUUAAUGAAGAUGUUAAUAAUAGUAAUAACAACAGUGAAGAUUUUAAUAAGAAUGGAUUAUAUCACCAUAAUUCCGUCGAUCAUCAUUCUAGUGUAUCUCACAGUGGAAUAAAUUUUUCUAAAGGUCUAGGUCGAGCUGUUCGUCAAAUGAGUUUGGUUACCUCACUACCUCAAGAUCACCUUAUGAACGAAUCUUUGGGGUGGGACAUUGAUCUUGAUCGUUUGAGACGGUUAACGUUUCGUGAAAAUUUCGCUCGUUUAUGUUUUGGAAAAUUAUUGUCACAUGCUUUUUCAGCUCCUUCAGACGUACGAUUAUCGUCAACCAUAUCGACACCAGUUUUGUUAGAAAACGGUCAUGUUGGAAAUAACAACGGCUAUAAAAUUAGUCCAUCAAGUACAAAUUUUUCACUGAUGGUUAGUAAAACAGCUGUACGCAGUAUCCUGCAAAGAUGUCGUUCUGUAUUGCUUAAGUUUUAUCAGUCGUCGCGAUUGAUUGGAAAAUGUCCACUACCUCGGUGAGCUUCGAUUUUAAUAAAUUAUUUAUUCAUUUCUUUACAAAAGUUAAUUGACUUUGUUUUUUAUAUAAUUCAACUGUAUAUUAAGGCUUAUCUUCUGUUUGGAGAGGCAAUCACUAUCAAACGUUUCCGACCUGACCUGUGUAUACAGAAGGAAAGUGUGAUUAGCCUUUCCCUACCAUGGUGAUUUGUAGUUCAUCUAAUAAACUUUGUCAAUUUCAACAUUUCUUUUUUCCUAAAGACAGCAAGAACGAAGAUUGGUGCAGAAUAAUAUGAAUACAUUCUAUUUCGUUAGGUUCUUACCAGCUGCUUACAACCUAAAAUAUUUGAAAAUCAACAUUACAGGUAUUGACAUACUUACACAUAAGAGGCUGAUUAAAGCUGAAUAUAUGUAUCACGAUGUAGCGAAGAUUUCAAUAGAGUUAAUAAGGUCAUGAAAAAUUUUGUUUUGGAUAAAUAAAGUUUGGGAGGGAAAGUUCCAGAACAUUGAAUUAGUGACUAGAACUCAUGAAUUUAACAAACAUUAGGUGAUUAUGUAAUGAAGCAACUGAUAAUAGAUUAAUGGUAAUAAAGGAAAAUAUGAAUUGAAAUCACCCAGUUAUGAAUUGAUGAAAAAUGAUAAUGAUGUAACUGAAACUUCAAAAUAAUGGAUGGCGUAAUAAAUGUAAAGAGUAUAAUGUUACCAGGGUAAAGAAAGAUUUAUUACUGUUUCUUUUUGGAUUCAUAGAUCUGGUUUUAGACGUUUGAUUGCGAUCGCUUCGGCAAAUUUCAAAAGGUUGGAGUUUGAUUAUUUUUUAAUCACCUUGAAGGACUUCACUAUAUCGAUUUCAUGUCCUGUGUCACGGAGAUUUCUUACUAUGGCACUACUGAAUUCUUUUAAUCCAUUUGAUCUUAAAUUUUUCGGAAAAUGUUCCUGAAAUCGGACAUAGGCUCUCCUUUCUGUUCCGUCAAUGUAACUGCUUUGGCAGAUACAUGUAAAUUUAUACACACGAGUGGUGGUAACAUGAAAGGUAUACAUAUCGACCUUUGAUUGUGUUAAAGAACAUGUUGUUUUGGACAGGACAAUCAGUUUAGCUACAGGAUAAGUUCUUGUCAAUUCAGUUUUUAGUCUCAUUGAUUGACCCUGUGACAUCAUCACCAUUGACCUUAAGCAGUUUCUUUGGGUUUUUUAUCUCCACGUUUUUCAUAUUUCUCAAUAAAUUUCAGUGGGUAUCCGUUAUUCUCUAGACAUCUUUUAACAUCCAUAACUGCCUUUUCUGAUGUAUCGGCAGUACAUAUUCUUUCCCUUCUGUGAAAUAGUAUUUUGACAAGUGCCUUUUUGUAACUGAUUAGUAAAGAGCUAUUGAAAUUAAGAUAAACCCCACUCCAUUAGUCUUUCUUAUAAACUGAGCGUUGAACUGUUACUUCAUUUAAUUGCGACCCUGUCUCUAAUCCUUUUAUCUUUGUUUUUGUUUCAUCUUUUGAUAUACAUAUCUUACAUAGUCUUAUCGAUUUUGGUAUAUUUGUUUAUUUUCUCAUGUUGACUGAUUACCCAAUCACUUAUAAAUUUAAUGGAAAUUCCCACUUUGACAUUUGGUAAAAAAAAAGAAUGAAUUGAGUAGUGACGUUAUGUAUUAAUUAUAUGAUGUUAUAAUAAUUGUAAAAUAGCAUUGAGCAGUUGGAAGAAACAAAAUUUCGAUAAUUAAAGUAAUUAUUUGAAAAUCAAGCAGUUGCUGCGUUGCAUAAUACAUAGAGAAACAAGGAACUAAUAAGAUAUUUUGAUGAAAGGUCAGUAUUUCGGGCUCAUAAAUGCCGUGGUACGGUUGAUAGUGGGGAGAAUCAGCUCUCCCCCUCGAAAUGCUCUCACAUGGCCACACGUAUACAACCACUUCAGGGAAUUCCUACUCACAGCUUUCUCGCGGCGCGAGUGCACUGUCACUUCGCUGUUUUAUUUUACUUUUCCUGAAUCAACGUUACGCGAAUCGUUAACUUUUCAUAUGGUUUCUCUUAAUAAGGACAUCUUCACUAUAACUUCGCUCUUCCAAAUUUUUCCCCAGAAAGUAUGUUAUAAAUUCUUUUUAUGUCUGAACACGUUUUGUGUUUUAUCUAAAGGACAAGACUUGUAACCGGAUGUAAUUUUUUUCUCCAGUAUAUAUUACGUUGAUAUUUGUUGUGUCAUUUUUAUUUACUUAUCGAAACAACUUUAAAGUCACGCCAAAUUAUUAAGAGAUAGUCAGACAAAAAUAUAAAUUCGAGUUUUCUUCGCUGUAUGUAACGUUCGAAACUCCAGUACAAACUUAUCAGGGUCAGGUGUUUUAGUAUUUAUAUCUUUUUGUGAAAAUAAGUGUGAUCUUAAGUUAAACACACGAGUGUAUACUUAGUUUUCGAGUAUCAAUCGAAAUUUUUCUAUCAGAGCAGAGAUAUCGCAUGCAAUUAGUUCACUUUAUGAAUGUAAAUAAAGCAAGAACAAAUCUUGAUGCAGAAUAGUAUGAAUUCACAAUAUUUCGAGGUUUCUCGUCAGCUGCUUACAACCAAAAAUGUGAUAGAAUUUUUACAUUGAGAUAGUGUGAAACAGUUAACAUAAAUGAGUGUAAAUAACUGGACUACAGUUGACCGGUUAGCUAAUAUAAAAUAUUUUGCUUAUAUUUGUAAAUAGUUUCUCAUACACCGUAAAACUCACUCUAUAUAUCACAUAUACUACCAUAUCUCUUUCUGUAGACUGAUAUCAGAGAGAAAUUAAUAAAAGCAAAGGAAUACCUAAUAACUGGUAUGAGAUUCAUUUAUUUAUUUAUUUUAACACAUAGACAUUGGUACAAGGAGGCACCAAAUACAUAUGCGCCACACAAAUCUCAUUUGAUAUGUGUGAGGGCUGUGAUACUGCCCGGGUGCCCAAACCGAAGCAGGUAGUAUCCUUAGGGGGCCACACCCGGAGCCUUCGGCCUGAAGGUCUGACCCACAAGGCAGUGGAGCAACGUAAGGAGAUGCAGUCCCAUGGUAGCCGGUGGUCAACGAUUGGUUCAUACGCCAUUUGUUCCUUUAGGAUACUGGAGCCCAUGUGCACGAUUGGUUUGGAAUCAGGGUUUCGCAACUACCCUAGGUGAACUCUUCAUGUUCACCAACCUGGUUAAAGCCCCUGACAUUCGCUUUUCGUCCUCUUAAUUUCGUAAACAGUAAUGCCACGAGAAGGCAGUGAGUAGGACUUCCUUGACAGAGGCUAUAUACGCGUGGCCAUGUUAGAGCAUUUCGAGAUGGAGAGCGGACUCUCCUCACUUUCGUCCGUACCAGGGCAUUUGGGGGCAUUGGUAUGAGAAAUAAUUUAGUGCUCAUUAACAGUCUCAAUUUUUAAGUAUCACUAAGUUCUAUUAAGAGCCUUCAAAUACCGAAUCCGUUAAGUCCGAUGUAUUAGCUAAUAAUAAUGUAUGACAGUGAUUCUAUAUGGUGUUGAAAAUAAAUUAUGUCAUCGCUAAAUCCAAUAUCUUGGUAGUGGCACAUACUUGUGUGAUAUCUGUCACAAAAAUGUGUAAAAUGGUCACCUAUUGUUGUUGAACUUCGGUAGUUCUUCACACAAUGAGAUCAUGAUGAAAUAUAAUCGAAUAUUUAAUUAAUUCUAGUUUCUCUUAAAUAACGGAAUUCCAUUUUCUCAGAGAAAUUAGAAUAAUGGGAAAUUUAUUUCUCCUAUAGCUGGAAAAAGAAUAAAUAUCAGGAAACAUAACGGUAAGCAUACCUAGAAGAGAUUUAUAAAAUUUUUGUUGCCUCUUCACUUAAAUGGUGAAUUUAAUAUACAACUUUUUUCCUAACACUCUCCAAUCAUAUUAUAUAAGUACACACCAAAGUUAACUGUUUUCUCUCUCUUCAUACGCAGUGCUCGUUUGUCAGAAAUUAGCUACGUAUUCAAAGCGUUGACAGUUAUGUUAACAUCACUUCAGUCUGUUCCAAUACAACAUGACGGUAAGUAUAAAAUUGAUAUUUUUGGGUUAUUUCUUACUCUUUUUAACCUCAUACACUAAAAACUCUAAACAAGCUGUUUAGGCAAAUCCAUUAAGCUUUCCUUUAUAUGUAAAUUUGGUUUGAAAAAUUGUAUUUAUCACUGACAGACUUCAAGGCCGAUACAUAUAAAAAACAUUUGAAAAUGUGACACGUGGAUGGGAUUGUUCAUUAGGUAUGUAGUUUUAAGUUGAUAUCACUUUAGAUGUACCUUUAAGGUUGUUUCAUUAACGUCUAGUUGUGUUUACUUUCACAGUAAUUACUUCAGUAACCUUCAUUUCUUAACUCUGUUAGUUUUAUAAGCACAAUUAUAUAAUCAGGACAAUUGGAAAAUAUUUAGUCGUUUUUAGGGUAAUACUUUAAUAAAUCAAUGAAUUCGCUUAUUAUUCGCACUGCCGUAAUGUGGAAGUGCUCUGUGUCUAUAUGGAUAAAUGGAUUUUCCACAAAAAUCUAAAACACGCUUUCUGGUUAAUUUAUCCGCAGAGUAUAAUGCCACCAUGUUAAGAUUGAUUUUAGAAUUGAGAUUUUAGAUAUUUCAUCGAUUCGCCUAUUAAAUACAGUCACCGCCAUAAAUGCACAAUCAAAUAUUCAAAUCGAGUACUGCGUUUUAUUACUCUUCUUUCCUCAGUUUUUACUCACAUAAUGACACAUCACAAAGAUUUUCUAAAAUGAGCUUGUGACUGCCACUAAAAGCCUCACAUUUGAAUUCUCUGGUAAAUUCAAUAAUAAAUUGACAAUCUCUGUGUAAUUGUAUAUCUUCAUCAAUACGAUUGAUACAAUGAUCUCUUCCAUAGCUGUUUAUAAGUAGCAGGAAAUAUGACUUUUGAUAUAAUUAGGAGUCUCUAUUGAUUCUAAUCAACAGAUUUGCAAUAGCCAAUUACAAAAUAUUUUUAAUGCCACUUCAGUUAUUAAAUACUCCGCCGGAUUACGUAAUAUUAUCAUUUUCACUUCAUAACUCAAAUAACCCAUUAUUUAUGUCAUAAAUUAUACUUUAAAGCACAUUCAUUCUUUGUAAUUAACGUCGUUUACAGAUGAUUAGAAGCUUUGAUUUCUUUCUUGUUCUUAUCUAAUGGAAAGUUAUUAAUAGCAUUAAUUAUGUAACUUAAAAUAGCUAUUCACAGAAG